AUGUGCAAGUGGAUCUGGAGACUGUCUCAAGGGGAGACAGGGCUCUGGCUUGAUUUUCUCAGGGCCAAAUACUUCCCGUCCGACAACUUCUUCGCGUCCACGGGGAGCGGCUUUCUUUUCUGGAACUCUAUUCAAGCGCUCAGACCUAUCUUUGCCAUGGGGGCGAAGUUUUCGGUCAAGGGCGGGCGCUCGACGCGUUUCUGGUUGGACCUUUGGAUUGGUGACCAACCCCUCUGGUCCAGAUUCAGAGACCUCUACAACAUAGCUCUUGAACCCAAUUUCUUUGUGGCUCAAGCUAUGGGCGUGUCCCCACCAGGGUUGCUGUUCCGUCUUGAGCUCACCGGUUCGGAGACAACAAGUUUGGGAAACUUGUUGACUCUUGUUGGGGAGGUAACAAUAUCCCAGGGUCCAGAUAUCGUGUCCUAG